GUAUAUAUAAAUCAAAGCCAGCAGUGGCCGAGGGAAGCAAAGUGACGUUUAUUUCCUUCCCAAGAGCUUUUCAUUAUUUGAAAAGCAUUUAAAAGCACAAGAAAGCAGAGGGAAACCACUCUUCAGUGCCCAAUCAAUCCUAUCUCCUCCCUUUCAAUUCGGACUCUCAAUCCACUAUUGCCCACCAAUUUCUCUCUCUCUCUCUCUCUCUCUCUCUCUCUCAUUUCUUGGCUCACACGGACUCUUCACAUUAAGGAAUCCAGAUCUCAUAAGCCAAUCAAAUUCCCUGUUGAAGUCGCAUGGAGAUUUCCUUUCCGUACCCCUUUGCUGUGUAUAGCGACUUAGUGAGUGGCUUUGAAUCUGUUGUUGUAAAUUCCAUUAGUCUGGGGGAUGAUGAUGUGAAAACUCCAGUGCAGUCCUUCAGCUUUAAGGGCAAAGUCUCGGAACCCACCGCGUUGCAAUCAAAAUAUUCAGGGCAGACGAUGAUAGAAGAAUCUGUUAGCUUCAAAACAACAAAAACUGAAACAACUGUCUCGGUUGAAGCUCCUUCAAUUGAAAAAAAGGAUAUGUUCAUCACAUCUAGUUGUACCGAGUGCUCAGAGAUGGAUUUUCAAUCCCCACGGUUACAGAGCAUGAUCGAUAAGAUCACACAGUUGCCUACUUUGGAUCUAAGCAACCCAAACCAUGAAGCGGCAAUAAAGUUGCAGAAAGUAUACAAAAGCUUCCGAACAAGAAGAAAGCUAGCUGAUUGUGCAGUUCUCAUUGAGCAGAGCUGGUGGAAGCUACUAGAUUUUGCAGAAUUGAAGCGAAGUUCUAUAUCAUUCUUUGACAUUGAGAAACAUGAGACUGCCAUUUCCCGUUGGUCAAGAGCAAGAACCAGAGCUGCCAAAGUUGGAAAAGGUCUAUCAAAGAAUAGUAGAGCCCAAAAACUUGCUUUACAACAUUGGCUCGAGGCAAUUGACCCACGACAUCGUUAUGGACACAAUCUUCACUUCUACUAUGUCAAAUGGCUUCAUUCCCAAAGCAAAGAACCCUUCUUCUACUGGCUGGACAUUGGAGAAGGCAAGGAAGUUAAUCUUGUUGACAAAUGUCCUCGAUCAAAACUUCAGCAACAAUGCAUCAAGUAUCUUGGUCCGAUGGAAAGGAAGGCUUACGAAGUUGUAAUUGAGAAUGGAAAGCUCUUCUACAAGCAAUCAGGGGAGCUUAUUGAUGCCACUGGAGGACCCAAUGCUGAAAAGUGGAUUUUUGUCCUCAGCACAUCUAUGACCCUUUAUGUUGGCCAAAAGAGAAAAGGCACAUUUCAGCAUUCUAGCUUCUUGGCUGGGGGAGCCACAUCCGCAGCUGGGAGAAUAGUUGUCGAAAAGGGCAUUCUAAAGGCAGUCUGGCCUCACAGUGGCCACUAUCGGCCAACACCAGAAAACUUUCAGGAUUUCCUCUCAUUCCUCAGGAGGAACAAUGUGGAUCUCACUGAUGUUAAGACGGAUCCUGUGGAUGAAGAAGAAUCCCUUAGCAAACAGAGCAGUGUUGUACUGAGAAACGUCUCAUCUGAAGAAGACCUGAGCGAAAAGGAUGGCUUCGAGACAGAACUGAUGGAUAAUGAGGACAAGACUUCACAGAAAACCAAUUCAAUAGCAGAGAUUGCCACUGCUGCUGCUGCAUCAGAACCUCCUCAACGAAGGCCAUCUCACAACAAUCUUUGCAAGAAACUACCUAAUCUUUCAAUACCAGAUAGGGAUGAUUUGUUUGGGAAAUUAAAGUUUGAGAAUCAAGCUGUUCAGUCAAGUACCAAUACAUUAGCAAUAGAAUCCCCAUUGGACGGUUAUGAAACAGCAGAGGAAUCAUCUGCUUCUGAUCAAGAUCAUAUGGUUUUCAAGCAGGACUUGUCUGAUGAUGAAGAAGAUGAAGAAAACAAGGAAGAGAAGAUACCUCAAGAAUCAAUUCUGAAAAGGAUUGAUUCGCAUAAAGGAAUGAAUUCAUAUCAACUGGGGAAGCAAUUGUCUUGCAAAUGGACCACGGGAGCAGGGCCUCGAAUAGGUUGUGUGAGGGAUUAUCCCUCCAAACUCCAAUUCCGUGCUUUAGAGAAAGUGAAUUUGUCUCCAAGAACUGCUGGCCAUUUCAGAUCAAACUCCACUCGGGAAUGUAUACCACACAGUUUUAGUGGAGAGAUAAACAUCAGAAAGACAAGUUUUAGCGGGGAAUUGCCUCGAAUUAGGAAUUAUCCGCCACAAGUUUCUCCACUGUGUAAAGGAAGCUCGGCAAUUGGAGUUACCAAACGGUCAUGAUGCAUGAGAUAGGGUAAAUUCUUUGAUUAAUCUAUUCUUUUGCAUGGAUAGAGAAGACAAUAUAGGAAUUCUUUGACAUUCUUUCUUCUAUUUCAGUCAUGUAUGUAUUUUUUGUUUUGUUCAUCUUGUACAGUACCAAAAUGAGAAUCUUGUACAAUUUUGCAGGGUCCAGUACCCCAUAUAUAUCAAAAAUGAUAGAAAUUUAUUUUUCUCAAA